AUGGCUCCGAGUCUGCCCGGUAGUUCUAUGCCCGGGAUGGGCCUGGGUCUCCGCAGUUUCCUCAUUAUGAUCUUAUAUGGUUUCCCCCAGACGUCGCUGUCCACCUUAGCGAUUAAGUCGGACCAGCACCUCUCCUUGGCGGAUUUGAUCGCGGUCGCCAGAGAUCGCCGCAGCUCUUUCCAGCGUUCGAGUGAUGCACGGCUGCCGUCCUCGCCGAGCCUCUUCCGUGUCCUCUGGUGGAUUCUCCUCGCUUUAUUGCACUCUCCUCUGAUCAGGCCGAUUUCGCGGCUCCACCAGUGCACCGGCUGUUUUCCUGUGAAGGUCCUGGUUUUUUUCAAGCACUUGUCCGCCGACUGCGUAAUCCAGGUCACUAAAGUGCUCGCCUCCAGUUCCGCUGAUUGGAGCUGGUCGUGCGGUGGCAGGUGGGUGAGAGCCAAAGAAGCCGUCAAUAACUCCGGUUUAAGUGACCGGGUGGACCAUCCAGAUGGCUUCCGGUCAAUUUCCAGCCGCCGAGGGAGCGUUGAUUUAAGCGUGAAGCUAAUGUACUUGUGGAGGCUGAGUGACUCGCUGUCCAGAACCUUCCAGUCUGCCACUCUGCCCCUGAUAGUGUUGGAGACGAGAGUAACAUCAAUGUGUGACUCCGACUGGCCGCGUACAAACGUGGGGGAGUCGCCGCUGUUGCACGCGUGUAAAUCUAAGGCGGACAUCAUGUCUGCGAGAAUGACACCUCUCUUAUCUUCCAUCGGGCUCCCCCAAAGCCUCGACUUGGCGUUGAAAUCACCUGCCACGACGCAGGGGAGAGCCGAUGACCUAAUGCUCCGCUCUAACGUCCGCCUUAGUAAUACUUCUAGGAUACAUGACAAUGUGCGACGGCCGAGUUAUAUAGCUGCCCUUUAG